CAAUCAAAACACACACAACCAAAACUGAGUCAAUUGUGAAAAGAGACUUUAAAUUUAUUUCUUCAGGUUCAAAGGAAAAAAAAUUUAAAUUAAAUUCAUAUAAUAUGGCUACGCGUCGUUCAAUAUGGCGUCAGGACGCAAAUUUAUCGAUAUCCUUUUCUAGAGAUAUAGCCGAUCGCACGAAGGGUAGUCAGAAAUGGGAGAUCAGCAUAUUGAGGGAACAUUGCAAGGACAAGGAUGUGGAAGAAUUUUACAAAGCCUACAUGCGACGCCUGCAUAUGAAUCAAUUAUAUUCGUUUCUGACAAUGCUCGUGCUGAACACAUGCAUACACUCUGGACUACUCUUAGCGACACUAUCGCCCCUGGAAAGAAGAGAAAUCUACAUAGACGUGUGCAUAUACAUUGGUGCUACAAUACUGACAAUCAUUAUAUUUGUAAUCAGUAUAAAAACAAAUUCUCAUAAAUCCUAUAUGAGUGUGCCGAAUUUGACAACGCUAGUGGUACUCAUAAUACUCAUCGGCAUGGACGUUUCUGUUCCGCUGCUGCAUACCUAUAGGCGCACCAUCACGCUACCGGUGUAUAUGAAUUUCAUCGUAUUCUCAAUAUAUUGCUUCUUUCCGAUUGCCAGCGAUGUGUAUGCAGUUUGCUUGGGCAUUUUGUCAUCGGCAUUCUACAUGGCCUUUUUAAAAAUACAAGUCUAUUUUUGGAUACAGCAGGGUUCGAAGAGUUUCGACUACACAAAAGGCACAAGCAAAUACAUAGCGAUAGCUGCUAUGAAUCUAUUCGGCAUUUUUAUGCGUUUUACUCGUGAAAUACUCACACGCAUGACCUUUCUGGAUAAACGCCAGUGCAUAGAGGAGGAUCUGUUGUUCCAUGCGGCUAAAGAUCAGGAGAAAAGUCUGCUACUGAGCAUGAUACCAGCGCAGAUUGCCAAACAAAUGGAGGAAGAUGUUAAGUUGCGUAUUGAGAUUAUGAAAAAUCCGGCCUCGGCGAAUUCGUUGGAGAAGAUAAGAAAGCUCUUCAUAGAACCUCACGACGAUGUCACAAUUCUUUAUGCGGAUAUAGUCAACUAUACUAAACUGACAACAACAUUGGAUGCGAAAACGCUCGUAGAGACGUUACAUGAACUCUUCGUGCGAUUCGAUGAUGCCGCAAAGGAAUUCGAUGUAUUGAGAAUUCAAUUCUUGGGCGAUUGUUAUUAUUGUGUGGCGAACGUGUCCAUGCCCAACGAAGACCACGCCAAAGCUUGUGUGAAGCUUGGAUUGCGCAUGAUCAACGACAUACGUGAUGUGGGAGAGAAUAGAAAUUUAGGCAUUGAUAUGCGCAUUGGUGUGCAUUCUGGCAGCGUAUUGUCCGGUGUAAUUGGCGCCACCAAGUGGCAAUUUGAUAUUUACUCGAAAGACGUUGAAAUCGCCAAUCGUCUGGAAAGCACCGGCGUACCCGGUCGGGUGCAUAUAAGCAAAGAAACAUUGGAACGAUUGGAUAAAAGAUUCAAAUUUGAACCGGGUACGCAGGCAGCGCGUUUUGAUCCACUUUUGCGAAAACAUCAAAUCACCACUUUUCUAAUCAUAACACCGGAGCUUGACGAAACUUCGCAAAUGGUGCGCCGAUCGAUCUUUGUGCGAGGCUUCUCCACAGAUGAGGGUUUGGAAGAGAUGGAUUCAUUUCAAAAAAUGAAAACACUCGUGCAUACUGAGAUGGGUCAAGAGAGUAGUAAAUUUCCAAUAUUCGGUUUGGUGCAGCAGUAUAAAAAAAUUAUAUUGGGACAAUAUACACGCACCAGAAGAAGUGAGGGUGCUAAAACCAACUUCUAUGCGAACAUUUCAUGGCUCUUUAUGUGCUAUAAGAAUUGGCGUUGGGAGUACAACUACAUUCAGCAAUCCGAUAUACUACACAAAUACAGUGUACUGAUAGCCAUGUUAGUUACAUGGGGCAUAGUGCUAAUACAAUACUUUAAUGGCGUGCAAUCUGUGCUAUUUUGGAAUACGGCAUUAUUCGGAAAUCUUAUUAUACUGCUCACCUUUUGCUUUGUGUGGUAUAGACGGGCGUGGUCUUGGUUUUGCAGCUCAACACUUCUAGCGGGACCCUCACAUCAUGUCAGUCACUGGUUAUUCGUACUCUCUGACAAAGCACAACGAAACUUCAAAUUUCGUACCGUCGUGUAUUUCUUGAUAGUACUGCUGGGAUUCUGUUUGGUUACAUUUCAAAUGCUAGAUUGCAAUCAAUUCCGAGUUGUGAAUGACGUUAUCGAGACACAUGCAUAUCAGGCUGAUAUAAAUAAUAUAUGUUUUGUACCAUGGGCCGUUACCGACUCAUUGGUGAUACUUUGCGGUGUCAUAUUUCUAUUUACGCACGUUUCAUACAUAUUUAAAUGGAUCAUUGCGCUGACCGUGACCAUUUUUUAUAUAAUUGUAGUUUUUGCGGUGUUUGAUUUCUUGUUCGAAUAUAGUGUAAGCUCCAAUCCAUAUCUCUUUCCUGAAUUCGCACAUCUAAUGGUGUUGUGUAGAACUGCCUGGAUAUUCCAUAUAAUGAACAGAGAAAUUGAAUUUAUUUCGCGCAUGGACUUUAAUUGGAAACAUGAGUUGAGAAAGAAAAAGGAUGACGCAAGAUUUACAAACGAGACGAUUUCGAUUUUAGUUGGUAACAUAUUACCAACACAUAUAGUAAAUAUUUACAUGAAAGAUCUGCUGACGAGCGACGUUUACUAUGAGGAAUAUGAAAAUGUGGCCGUGAUGUUUGCCACCAUACGAAAUUACGAUACCGAACAGGUUGGAAUGCGUGUUUUGAAUGAAAUCAUUUGUGAUUUUGAUGAAGUGCUGAGCAACUAUCAAGGCAUCGAUAAGAUUGAGAAAAUUAAAGUUGCCGGUUGGACAUAUAUGGCAGCAUGUGGUUUGAAUGCGACUAAUACAACGGCAAGGAAGAAUCGAAUGUUCAUCUCAAGAUCUACAAGCGCAAUGAAUUUAGCUUUAUCGCGAAGUUUAUUCUCAAACAUAAGCGCAGAGACGUUGACUAUACCCAAUCAAGACAGUUUAGUUUUGGAAAAUGACGUUGUAUUCGUUAUGCUAAGCUUUGCUUUGGAUCUACUACAUAAAAUGCGUGAUUUUAAUGAGGAAAACGUACAAAGUGAUGAUACGAAACGUAGUCAAGGUGCUUUACGUAUUGGCAUAUCAAAUGGACCUGUUAUGGCCGGCGUUGUGGGUUUGUAUAAACCAUUUUACGAUAUUUGGGGCAAUGCCGUCAAUAUGGCCUCACGCAUGGACUCUACCGGUUUAGAGGAUGCAAUUCAGGUUACCGAGGAGACCGCAAAAAUAUUGCAGGCUUUCAAUGUUCAGUGUACAUAUAGAGGACAGACGUAUGUAAAGGGACGCGAUUAUAUUCCCACUUAUUUCGUAAAAAUUGAUGAUGACUUACAUUUCGUUCAACGACCAAGUCAGAGUAAUCCAACCGAAUUGAAUACUGAAACGCAAUAAGUUUGUAUAACUAACUUAAGUGAUAUUUGUAAAUGCUUAAAGUAAAAAGAAAUUUAUGAAAUUAUAAAUAAAUUGAGUGGCCAGUGGUCGAGAAUUAACGAGUCUUUGAAAGAGU